AUGCCAUCAGCAAAGUUCCUAAAAUUCACAAACAGCCUGCCCAAAUGCUCGUCCAGUAUGUAUAUCCAGCUUCACACUCACCACAUACCUCUGAACCACCACCUGCACCACAUGCAUGCAGUCGACUCUCCACACUGUCCAAUAAUUACCAAUGUAAAUGAAACCAUUCACCAUUACCUUUUUGACUGUCUGCAAUAUCAGCGAUAA